AUGCAGGCAGAGAACGAUUACCACCAUCCUGGUUUAGCUGGGAUGCAGCAGAUGAACCAGAUGAAGCCUACUUCUUACCCAGCGCUCCCGCAAAAGCCGGUGAAGAAAAGGACGAAAACGGGAUGUAUGACGUGCAGAAAACGCCGGAUCAAGUGCGAUGAAACAAAACCCACCUGUCGCAACUGUGCCAAGAGUAAACGUGCUUGCGAGGGUUACGGCGUCAGGGUGUCCUUCCGCGAAGGGUACCAACCCAAGGAAGGCGGAUCUCCUCCUGGUGUUUCUCCUGCCUCGGGACAAGCGUAUGGACACUCGGAUCAUGGAGUGCAGAGACAGGACAGUUAUGAUCAGAACGCGGCGAUUCUACCACCCUUGAAGCAGCAGGAUAUCUACGCACAAACUAUGCCUGUACGUUCUUCGCCUUUGCCUGGACUGGAGUUUGAUAGGAGGCCGUCGUUGCCUUCUUUGGCUGAUGUUCCGAGGACGUCGACGUUUGUUGAUAGUCCUCCGUCGAUGGGGAUCAGGGCUAUCCCGUCUAGAAAUGCAUACCCGCAGUCAGAUGUGAGGUCAAGCAUUGACUAUGGUACUAGACCUUCGCAGAUGUUCCCUACCCGCUCCCAGUCAAUGAAUGACGUCCCUACUCAUCAACCAUCAGCCUUGACAGGGUCAGGCUUGCAUAGCCUCGUGAAUGCCGCUGAACAGCAGUACUCUCGGAGUAUCAUGCGUGCUGUUCAUGCUCCCAGGUUGCAUGGAGAUUCCGAGGAUGACGAGCACGAGUAUUACCACAAACCCGCUGGCGGUGUUCGUACGCCCCCUCAGCCGAGGCAGAGUAUCGAUUCAAAUGCGCCGUCCGUCACGUCUAAUGGUUCGGGUUCGCCCCGUAUGUCGAUCUCUGCACUCCUUGGUGGGGCUCCGGCUCCGGUUGUGAAUACUGCUCGGAUCGAUGAGGCGGAGCAGGAUGAUCUCUCGUUGUACGAGCCGGAAGACCAAAACAUGUUGGCGAGCGCGGGUAAGGCGUAUGCUGGCUUAGGCAUGAUGGAUGCCGCGACGACUCAGAUCUUCAAUCACUUUUUGUUUGUUCUCGGGCCGAUUAUGAAUACCUUUGAUUCGGCGCCUGCUGAUCCUGAGGCAUUGUUCAAGGACCCCUUAGUCGCGGAGAAGAACUUGUGGACGUACCUCAUUCCCAUGAUGGCGAUGCGUCAUGAUGCUUUGUUGCACUCUGUGUUGGCGUUGUCUGCGUUGCACAUGAGCAAGGUUGCUGGCGGACCGGGCCAUGUUCCGUUGUUGCACUAUCACUUGGCGAUCAGGAAGUUAAGGCGUGUUUUGGAGGCUGGAGAGAGGGAGGCUAGGGACGAGGCUAUGUUGGCUGCCACCUUGUUGCUGAGCUACUACGAAGUUAUGAGUGCCGAGCAUGUCAAAUGGGGCAGGCACAUGAUUGGCGCGAAGAACUUGGUCAAGACGAUCCUUGAGAAGGAGAGGGUUGGGCAGGGGUCCAAGGAUCCGGUCAUGCAGUUGGCCCGUGAGAAGUUAGUCUGGCUGUAUCUCCGCGUCGAUAUGAUCCAGGCUUUAUUGAGCGGAAAUGGGAUGUUGCUGGAUAGGCAGUACUGGCACUCUUUCGUUCCACGCAACACCCCAGCUGAGUCUGUCAACUUCCAUGAUCAUCUCCUACUCUUGAUGUCCAGGCUCGCAAACUUUUGCGCAACGGACCGUGAGCGCAAGGUGUCCCAGGCCGGCGACGAUAAUGCUUCCGCUCAAGCUUUGGAGCAGUGGGAGUCUUUGGAGAAUGACUUGCGUACUUGGUACUGUGCUCUGCCGCAAGAUCUCUUGCCGUUCAACGAGAAGGAUGCGCCCAAGCACCUUACGCCGUUCGGUCUCGCUGUCUACUUCAAGGAGCCGGCUAUCGCUGCUCUCCACUUCUUCUAUAGCACUGCAGUCAUCCAACUUCGCCGGGCCCAUCCAUCAUUGCCGGCGACUCGCGAAGGUCAGAUUCGUGGUAGCGCGGCAAGGACGGCUGGGCAUUGUACGUUGGUUCCGGCUAUCGUUGCGGGGUUGCUCUUCUCGUCUGGGGUCAUGCUUCCCUCCAUGGCUGCGACUGGUCAACAGUUGUCCAAGCAUUACCCUCCCUCGUCUUCUAUCAUCUCUGCACUCCUGGCGUCUACGUUCCCUAUGCUUGUCGCCGGUCUGCAAGCCCAGGCUGCGGACCAACGUGCAUUCCUUGAGGAGUCAAUGGAGGCUAUCUUUGAGUUGACAGGGAGUUUGACGGCUAGUCGUGUAAUUGAGGGAUACAUGUUUGCUUGGGGUCAAAAGCAGAAGGUCACUCGCUGCCCGACCGGUGAUCUCGAGGACCUAAGCGAGCGUCGUGAGCGCAGGAUCAUGCUCGACCAGGAAAGCGGCGAGCAGCUGCAGUGGGUUCUGCUGACGAACCCUGAGCGAAUUGGGUUUGCUACUGGUGUGCUCGGCGAACUGGACAAUGAGGAUUACGAGCUCUUUCGUGGUCGGCUCGUAAAGUCAUGA